AUGUUUCACAAGGAAGAUACGGCUCUCUUUGGCGUUGUUGCCAGCAACCCAAAUAACAAAUUCAUCAAAGGCGGAGUAGGAGGAGGAGGAGGAAAGAAUAAGAAUAAUGCUAAUCCUAGUGCUAAUCAUAGUGCUGCUGCCCAUUAUAAUAACAAUAACGCUUCCAAGAAAAAGUCCGCCACCAUGGACGUGCCCUUGAAAAAGUCGGUCCGCAAACAAUUGUACCAACGGGCUUGUGAUUAUUUCCGUCCAAACUUGCCUGAUGUGGAAGAACUUUUGAAACAAGUCUUUUUGCAAGGCAACUUGUCCAGUCGAUCCUUGCCAUUGGCAGAAAAACAUAGGAGCAUGGUGGUCUAUGUGAAGACGCCAUCGAAUGGUGACAAUGAUAAUAAUGGCAAUGACAGUAUUGACAGUAAUGCCAGUAAUGUCCAUAAGUAUCCCUACAAGAAAAGCACCCAAUUUGUGUGGAUGGCCAUGGUGGAUGGCAAGACCAAAGUGGUGGACGAAUCGCCGACCGUCGCCUUGUGGGCGAUACUUUCCAAUUGUUUGGGUCUAUUACGAUUCACAACCAAUGGCAAUCACAAUCAUAAGAGUGAUGAUUUGCAAUCCUCCUACAAUAAUUCGGAUCAUUGGCAUCAAUGGUACGUCGUUCAAGUUCCAGCGGCAGUUUCCAAAUUUGUCUGUCGGGGUGCCGAUUUGAUGAAGGCGGGGAUGCGAUCCAUUCCAAACGCAACAAGGCCUGCUAGUAGUGAAAAUAGCAACCAUAAGGAUGGUUAUUCGUCCCAGACCGUGGCAAUCAUGGUACAAGGAAAUCCACAACCCUUUGCCGUGGGACGAUUGUUACUUUCCAAACAAGACAAUAACGACGAUGACAAGAAUAACGAUGCUGAAUUUGGAUAUCAAACCAAGGGGGUUGGAGUGGAAAUUUGGUCUACCUAUGGGGACGAUUUUUGGAGGCAAUCGGCGGCACCAUCCAACUUGCAUAAGGGAGGCAUGGUCAACGUGUUGGGAGGAGGAGACUCCUUUGAAAAUGGACACUUUGGCAAUAUCGGAUUUUCGGAAGGAAAGUUUGUAUAUCCAUUGACGAAUAUGGAUGGACAAGAGGAGGAUGACAGCGACGACGAGCAAGAAGGAAAUGCCGAGUCGGAGCGUGCGAAUAAGGCAGAAAAUCAGAUAAAUGCAGAAGAUAACAAGGUAACCGAAGUGUCAGCACAAGAAGGAGAGAAUAAUGCAACAGACAAAACUGCAGAAGGAAAUGGUCAAGUUGAAACGAACGAUGAAGACGACAACGAGGACGAAGAUACACCAGAAUCCCAUUUGCAUCAGGCAGUGUGUCAAGCCCUGGUCAAUCUCAGCAAUAAGGACUUUCCAAUGCUGAUCACGACGUUUUAUUCCAAGCAUGUGGUGCCCAAUUCGUCGCAAAAGAUUGACUUGAAACAGACAAAAUACAAAAAGUUUGGAGCCUACAUCAAAGAACAAGUUGCACUCGGGCUGCUUUUGGUAGGACCGGAUAAAGCUAACAAAAAGAACAAGGAUCCCAUGGCGAUGAUUCUUGGUUACUACAAGAAGCACGAUGACGUCCAAGGAUUGACUAAAUCAGCUCCAGUGCUGGAUGCGGAUGCUCCGACCAAACUUGUCUUGGUCAAUCUGUACGUGAUCCAAAAUUCGAUAGUCUCCCUGAUGCGGUUGGAUGCGGACGAAGUGGCGGCCACCAACGCCACCUCCGAAGAGCGCCGUGGGACUGGAAUGCUAACGACCCCCGAAGUCAAACAAAUUGUCGAAGGCUAUAUAGAAAGGGAAGAACUGGUGCAUCCCGUCCGAAAAGAUCAGAUUACAUUGGAUGGGCCCUUGACCGACGCCAUCUUCCCUCCCAAACAACAGAAACAAAACCCACAACCACUGCCGACAAUCAUGAAGCGAAAGGAAGUAUAUCAACAAUUUACGGCGCGAUUGCAGCCAGCGUACGCUCUGGUGACCAUGCCGGGAAGCAAAAUUACGACACUCAAAAAGGGAACCCCACCCAAGGUGGAAAUUGAAGUGUCCAUGCGACAGUCACGCAAAUUUGUUACUAGGAUUCGGGGAAUGGAAGAAUAUGGCAUUGAUGGACAGGUUCUGUCCAAGGAUGUUUCGAAACGGUUGGCAUGUUCGUCUACUGUGGACACGGAAGCAGCCGCUGGACGGGCGGCCUUGAAAAAGGGCCGAGUGGAAGUGGAGUUCCAAGGGAACAUUGCCGAUGAAUUGGAAGCCUUGCUGACGGGAGACGAAUCGUUAUCCAGUCACGGAGGCGUCAAGGACUCGGACUAUGCUAUACCAUUGAAGGUACUGGAAGUCAUCUUGCGGAAGGGUGUUCCACCGAGAAAGCGAAAAGGUGGUGGCAAAAAGAAGAAAUAA